CAAUGAGGUCACACCUCCAGUGGAAACCAAUCAAGGAGUACGAAUCUUAAGCACCCAGAGGGUUGGACUACACAUGCAAGUGUUCAUUACAAGCAACUAGAGAACUCACUGCACUAUAUAAGAGAUUUUGAAAGAAAAUGGUUACAGGACAAUAAAUACACUUCAUUCUGGUGAAAAUCAAAUCAGAAGUGCCUUGCACCUUGUUCUCAAGCAUAUUUCAUUGAAAAGAGCAGUUUUCUCUUGCAGCCUGGAGAGGAAUUAUCAUGGCACCAAUUUUAACAAACUCAAAUCAGCCAGUUGUAACUGAAAGGAGCCCCUAUACAGAAAAUGGCACUGUUUGUGUGAAAAACCCUCACCUGGAUUCUUUGGAUGAAGAUGUCCUUUACCAUUUUGGUUUGGGGACUAAAACUCACAAUCUCCCACAAAUGUUUGGUGAUGUAAAGUUUGUGUGUGUUGGUGGUAGCUCAAAGAGAAUGAAGGCCUUUGCACAGUUCAUACAAGAGGAACUUAAUCUGAAAGAUGGAAGACGUGAAGUUGAGAAUAUCUGUGCUGGAGCAGACAGAUACUCCAUGUAUAAAACAGGACCUGUGCUCUCCAUCAGCCAUGGAAUGGGAAUUCCUUCCAUCUCCAUUAUGCUCCAUGAGCUUAUCAAACUUCUGCAUCAUGCCAGAUGCCGCAAUGUUACAAUCAUACGAAUCGGUACGUCAGGAGGUGUAGGUAUUGAACCUGGAACUGUUGUAAUAACUGACACAGCUGUGGACUCUUUCUUCAGACCCCAGUUUGAACAAGUAGUGCUGGGAAAAGUGAUUAUUCGAAGUACUAAACUUGAUAAAGAACUUGCAAAGGAAUUAAUAAACUGCAGCAAAAUGGAUCCUGAAAUUCCAGCAAUUACUGGAAACACUAUGUGCACGUAUGACUUCUACGAAGGUCAAGGUCGUUUAGAUGGAGCCUUCUGCACUUUUUCUACUGAAGAAAAACUAGAAUACUUGACAGAAGCAUAUACUAAUGGUGUGAGAAACAUUGAAAUGGAAUCUACAGUUUUUGCUGCAAUGUGUCACCUCUGUGGACUUAAGGCUGCUGUUGUCUGCGUGGCCUUAAUUAACAGAUUUGAAAGUGACCAGAUCACUAUCCCAUAUGAGAAACUAAUGCAGUUUGAGCAGCGUCCCCAGCAUUUGGUUUCUCGAUACAUCAAGAAAUGCCUUGGAUUGUGACAUUAAACUUCACUUCUGCAAAAUUUGUAAAUUAUACAUUUUAUGGAUGGUUUGUAAAUGUUAUCUGUUCUGGAAUGUUUACGAAUGGUACCUCUUCUGGAUUGUUUGCAAACUGCAGAUCUUCCAGAUUAUUUUCAUGUGUAAUCUUGUCUGUACUGUUUGUCUUGUGCUUGUAACAUGUGCCUUCUGUCGAUCAUUUGUAUAUUACAACUGCUCCAGCUUAUUUGUACAUUUAACUUUCUCUGUCUUUUUGUACAUUUCUUUGAAAACUCCAUGUCUUAUGGUCUUUGUAUAUCAAUAAUUUCCAAUAUAUAAAUGUAUAAGCAGUAUUAUUUUAGUUGUAUAAAACUAAUGUACUGCUACAAAAGCAUUUCACCAUUUCAUUCUAGUUAAUAGUGUAUCACCAGUAAUCCAGUUUGUAUAUUACAUGAUUCUUGGACAAAUAGAUGUUAUUUUAUUCCUGAGACUCUUGGUGUCUACAUUUCCAAAUUGUGGAAAGUGUUUGUGAAAUGAUGUAAGUAAGCAUACACAUUCAUGUCAACACAUGGAAAUGAAUUCUUUAACAUGCAGCACACAGAAAUUUUGCAAGCAAACAACUCUAUUUCUCUUCCCGAAACAGGAUGUUUAAGCAGUUCUUUAAUCAUGUAUGAAGAGUAGAAGAAAUAUGGCUGGAAAAUCACUUUUGGCAAACUUUGAUUCCAAGACCUGAUUGUUUGGAUAAAAUAGCAUUUUCCCCCAAUAAAAUGUCAGUUCAUAUCUCAAUUAUUUAAUGUAGACAUCUUUUUAGAGAUGUUUGUGCCUCUAUUAUUUUUUACAAUAAAUAUAUUGCUUUUCAGAGAAUAAUAAAGUUGUAAAUAAUUUGCAACAAACUGUAGCCUA